GCGUCGCCGGGUGAUGACGUUGGCCGCCCGCCUCAGCGUGUGCGGAGCGGAGGGUGGGACCUUCCUCUUCUGCUCUGCCCGCUCCAAGGUGCCUGUGAAGUGUACGGCGGGCUCCGGAGGCAGGAUGAUGAUGGGGGGCAAGACCAGCGCCAUCGCGGCCGGGGUUUGUGGGGCUCUCUUCAUCGGGUACUGCAUCUACUUUGACCGCAAGAGGAGGAGCGACCCCAAUUUCAAGAACCGGCUGCGGGAACGAAGGAAGAAACAGAAGCUUGCCAAAGAAAGAGCAGGACUUUCCAAGUUGCCUGAUUUAAAAGAUGCUGAAGCAGUACAGAAAUUCUUCCUUGAAGAAAUACAGCUGGGCGAAGAACUACUUGCUCAAGGAGAGUACGAAAAGGGUGUCGAUCAUUUGACAAAUGCCAUUGCUGUGUGUGGACAGCCACAGCAGUUACUACAAGUGCUACAGCAGACUCUUCCACCACCAGUUUUCCAGAUGCUUCUUACUAAACUCCCAACAAUUAGCCAGAGAAUUGUAAGUGCACAGUCCUUGGCUGAAGAUGAUGUGGAAUGAGAAAUCUCAGCAGGAACAGCAAGUGAAUCCUUAGCCCAAAAGAUGAGCAUUGUGGGGGGUGGGGGGAUCAGGGUAAAGGAGUAAGCAUAGUAGUCAUAAUGGACUGUAAACAACAUUUAAACCUACCAGAGUUAAUGUCAACUUUGAGAAGGUUGGUUUGCCUGGACUUUAUUUAUUAUCUAGUGCAAAGCGUAUUUUGAUAAAUUCAUUUUAUAAAUACAUCAUAUUGAGUUGUAAAAGAUAUCAUGUCAUUUAUUACCUAUACAGUUGUAACAUUGUACAUAUAAAAGAUGUAAAGCUACAACAUAAAAUAUCCCAUGCUCAUUUUUGAAAAACACAAAGCUAAGGCAUUAAAAAUUUAUCUGUGCUUC